ACUUAUAUAAAAAGUUUUGUACUGUGAAAGGAAAAAAAUUACGUACUCUAUAUGUUAAACAAUUUUUACAGACAUAUAUGCAAAGCAAUAUAUCUCAUCACUUCUAUCAACCAACAAUUCACAGAGAAAUAUAAAGAAAUAAUAAUAUUUUUCUAUCAAGAAAUUUAGCCAAUAAAAGUAAUAAAAAGAAUUGAACAGUUGAAUUGCUGUUUUAAGAAAGUUUUUACUCAUUUUCGAAAUUACAAAUAUUUUAAAGUACAAAAAAAUAAGUCGGACGCCCGUGGUCUUCAGCAUUUUGUGGCACGCGAGGAACGGUCACAUCGUAGUGCACAAAAAAUCGAGUUUCCUGCAUUUUUAGGUGUUAAAAUAUCCUAGUUAAAGUGCGAUUUCUGGUCUGAAAACAGUUCUGUGCCAAGCCAAAAACCCCUGUCUACCAUAUAGAUCGGAAGGGAAUACUGAUAAUGUGGCCAAGGGCCCGUGAAUGGCCAUUAGAAAACGACGCAUGAGACUCGAAUUGCUAACCAGAUGAUAGAAUAGCGUGCCAGCGAGAGCGAGUGAGAGAGGGCGAGAGGACCAGGGAGAGAAAGAGAGAGAGGAGGCCAGAGUAGACACAAAACUCCGAGCGGAGCUCUCGCCCAUUUUCCGGCCGAUUUUGCUGUCUAUAUAGCUGCUAUAUAGUCACCGAUAUGGCAGAAGAGAACCCGGGGGGAAAUGCCGGAGAUGUGCCUAAUUCGGGAGCGGAAGAUGUGGGUGCUUCUGUGAUCGUCGAGCCGGGAUCCGUAGGAUCCAAUGUCGGGACCCACACUCUUCCGGCUGCGGCCAUGAAGUUUGCAGAUCUUACAGAAAGCGGCAGCGAAUCCGGAGACAAUGAAGCUGAGGAGCUAGUUGUCACAGGGCCGGAAAACAACAUUAGCGCCAGCGGUGAACCGGGGACCAGUGCCUCAGCCACAGAAGAGAAUAAUGCAGCAGAACGCGCCUCACCACCGCCCAAUUGCGCGAUCUGCUUGUCCCGCUGCAAGAAGAAGUGCUUCACGGACUCGUGUAUGCAUCAGUUCUGCUUUAAGUGCCUGUGCGAAUGGAGUAAGAUCAAACCCGAGUGCCCGCUGUGCAAGCAGCCCUUCAAAACCAUUAUACACAAUGUCAGAACCCUGGAUGACUACGAUCGCUAUCCAGUACAGAGCUCAUCGCCUGUACCGCCGGAACAUCCCUCUCUGCGUUUCCACAUAGUUCGGCGUCCCAGGUUUAUGCCUCUUGUGCAAAACCAGGCCGUUAUGACCAACGACAUAGAGGCCGGUAUAGCAGCAGUAGCUGCCGGAGAAGAUGUAUUGCCAGCUGCCGAAGUAGCAGCCGGUAGACACUCGUUCAACCGCUUCGAGCCGUACCGCAUGGAGUUGAUGAACUACUACCGGCACGACCAGGAUGCGACCACGUCGACCUCUUUAAGCCAGCUAUGGCGGCGCUAUGUGUAUGACAGAAAGUUGUAUGCCUUGCCAGUCAGCGAUAGCUUGACGGGACACUUUCGCGAGUGGAGUGCUCGAUUUUACAGAAACAAUCCCGCCCAGAUGCAUCGAUUGAUGCCUUGGAUACAUCGCGACAUUGUGUGCCUGUUAAGGAAUGCCGCACAUAGCGUUAGCACUGUGAUGCAGUUGAUGCACGACAUCCUGCCUAUGACCAAUAUACUAGGUCCUACAUUCCGUCGCCGGCUGUCGCCUUUUUUGGGCGAGCGCACCAGUCACUUUAUCCAUGAACUGUUUAACUUCGCCCGCUCUCCCUUCGACAUGAUCGGCUACGACCAUGUGGUUCAAUACUCUGCACGCGUUGCGGAGGAGGUGGAGGUAGAUCUGCUAGACAUGGUAGAGACCCAGUCGUCGAACGGUGAUGAUCUACAUUUGGAGGUCGGUGAUAGCGAUGGAGAUGCUUAUGCGGAAUUCUCCAACGACUGGAGUCCUUCAAGCGGUCGACCGUCGACCAGUGUGAUUGUUACUAAUCCCGGUGCCACACAUUCCUUCAGCGUGACUAUGGCCAGCGAUGGUAGUGAGCUCCCUGGCAUAUCCAUACGACGCACAACCACAUCCAAUGUAGGCUCCCAAACAGUGGCGAUCAAUCUGAGCAUGAGGCGUCCAGCGGCGGUUGCCAGCGAGGAUGCGGAGGUCAUAGAGAUCGACGAUGGAGAUGCAGCCGCUAAUGCAGAGGUGGCAGCCAUAAACGACGGUAGCAAUCCUAGCAGGAGGCACGCAGGCGCCACACUCCCAGUGAGUGCCCACAUCGAGCUGCAGACCAGUAGUAGCUCUGGCGACGAAGAUGAGUGUGUCUUCGUGUUAGAGCUAAAGCCACCACACCUGCGUACUCCCGAACAGGUUAGCCUUGACUCGAAUAGUGACUCUGAUGUCGUUUUCGUAAAUGAGGAAAAUGGAGCUCCUCCUGCUGAAAGUCUUGGGGAUCAGGCGGUAGAAACGCCAGGUGAUCAGGCCACUAGAGAUCAGGGCUUGUUCAUGGGCCCCAGCACAAGCGCAGCAGCCAGCAGGGGCAAGAACUGGAAAUUGGUGGUGGCGGAGGCACGUCGCCUUGAUCAGUUCCGCACAUCGCGCUCAACACGCUCGAAGAGAUCGCGCCAGCGGUCCUCCGUCCCAGCCCGCAGUGCCAGUGGCAGCAGUAAUAGCAGCUGCAGCAGCUCCUCCUUCCACUUAAGCUCUCCCUUCUUCAGCAGCAGCAGCGAUGAUAGCAGUAGUUCAACAAUUCCUGAGCCAGUCAAGAAAAAAAGCAAGCCGCCUGCAAAGAAAAAACGUUCUGGAAAAGCUUUAAAUAGGAAAAGAACAUCUCGCAAACGGAAACGACAGGCUUCAAAUUCAGGUCAGAAUGUGAGCGAACGGGUAGCCCUGGAGAUUGAGAGUCAAGCGGAACAACAGAAAAUCGCACAGAAACCGGAAAGCAGUGACAGCUCUAGUUCGUCCGAUGACGAAUCAGCCGGCGGUAGCAGCGAUACAUCUGGUCAACCCAACAAAAAUAACAACAAUACCAGCAGUGAUGAUUCUGACGAUGAUAGCACAGAGAACCUACAGCUUAGCGCUUUGCGGGCCACUCUAAAAGCGGAGGCAUCUUUAGAGGAUAGGAAACCCCUUAAACUAGAGCUACAAAUGCCCGAAGACGACGAAGAAAGGGAACAGCAACAGGAGGCGCCUCAUAACGCUGAGGCAGCUCCAGCGCUAACAGAGGACCCAGAACCAGGACGUAGUGUCCCAAAGCGGCGGCGUAGUUGUAGCAACAGCAAUCAAUCCAACCAGAGCGCCAGUUUGGCCAGCAGUUCAUCAGCUACAUCAAGUUCCGUUCCUUUGAGUUCGUUCGGCUGGAGGGCUGCAGGCUAUUCCGGCGAUCCCUUGAUACGUGACAACGUCGAGGAGCAUGACAUAGCUAACUCCCUAAUUGAACUCUCUACGCUAAACCAUCGAAUGGCGAUCGAAAUGAUGAGCGAUCGAUCUAGAGAGCUGGAUAUCGCCCUCAACUUGCUGCAGAACUCUGUGCCCGACAGCUCGCAAGCUCAGGAAGAUGUUGGCGACGAUGUACAUCUCUUUUCCGACGCAGAUGAGGAUCCAGAGGCAAUCAAUGAACGGAAUAACUAUUCCUGGGAGGCUGCAAUCGACGUGGUUGGAGAAGCCGAGGUGGAAACUGCAGAGGAUACAGCCACUGCCACUGAAGAGCAAGAUGAAGAGGAAGAAGACGAUAUCGAUGAUGGUGAAGAUGAACAGGAAAGGAGAGCAGAGGAGGAAGAAGAGGAUGAGGAUGAUAGCGACAACAACGAUGAUGAAGAGGAUCGGGAGCCGUCGUUUUUAGCAUAAGCUACAGACUUUAAUUUUCAUUUAAGUUGUUUAUUUAAUGGAAUGAUUAACUGGUUUCCGUCUUGUAUUGUUCCGAUUCCUAAAACCCCUGAACCCAAAAAGUAAUAAUAAAUGUAGCUUGCUAUGUAAGUAACUAAUACCAGUUAGCGUAAGCUCAAAAUAGGUGUAUUUUAGGCCUAGGAUUGCCAUUUUAAGUUGUACAUAUUCACCAAUAUCUUAAAAUACAUAUAGUUACAUUUACACAUCUAUUAAUUGUAACAUUAUUUAAAUGUUCCCUCAUAUAGCCCACCCCAAAAAUUCAUUCGAUAUCCCAGAUCAGACCCUUCCUAUCUUCCUAUCCCCACAUCGGUUGUAAAUGUAUUCCGUUAAGUUAACCACGGCCUACAUAUGCUAACUAUAAACAAUGGCAACUAAAUUUACUGUUCUUAGCUUAUAAAUCAUAGUACUAACUCUGAUAAAUGUAUGGCGAGAGUGUUAAUGUUUUUUGCAUAAAUGGGCGUGGCCAGUUAUGAAUUUUAGUGUACUCAGCAUACGAAGAACAAAAAAUAUAUAAUACGAAUCAAAUACAUAAUAAAUGUAAAGAUUAAAUGUAAA